UUGAAGUUUUGUUUUUUUUUCAGUUCGUAUGCAUGGGUGGCACACCGAAGAGGAUGGAAAAUUUCGCCCAUUAUGUGAUGAAAGAAAUUGGACACAAAUUACCAACUGGCACGCAGUUGAUGGAUAUCAGUCAGUAUUCCUAUAGAUAUAGUAUGUACAAAGUGGGGCCCGUUCUAUCCGUUAGUCAUGGAAUGGGGGCACCGUCUAUCGGUAUUUUAUUACACGAAAUAAUAAAGCUAAUGUAUCAUUCGAAAUGUAAGGAUCCCAUCUUCUUUAGAAUCGGCACAUGCGGCGGCAUUGGACUGGAAGGCGGUACCGUAGUUAUAUCUGAAGAUGCCGUUGACGGAAUGCUCAACAAAUAUUACCAAGUGCCAAUUCUAGGAAAAAUUGUUAAAAGGCCUACCCGACUCGACAAAAAACUUGUUAAAGAACUAAAAGCCUUGGCAGAUCCUGAAGAUCCAUAUGACACCGUUACAGGAACCACAAUGUGUGCCGAUGAUUUCUAUGAAGGUCAAGGGAGGCUGGAUGGAGCUUUCUGCGAUUAUACUGAAGCGGAAAAGAUGGAAUACCUGGAAAACUUGCGAUCAAAUGGAAUUAAAAAUAUCGAAAUGGAAGCCACUCCAUUCGCAGCUCUCACACAUCAUGCUGGAAUCAAGGCUGCAGAUGUUUGUGUUACUUUACUUGACCGACUGAAGGGAGAUCAGGUUUGUACUACAAAGGAAGUAUUAAAUGAGUGGCAAGUUAGACCUCAAAUAUUGAUAGCUCGCUAUAUAAAGAAGUACCUACAAACCAAAGGAAGCUUUUUCUUUGACGGACACGGAUCUAUGUCCGUGAAGAGUCCAAGACGCUUUAAAUUGGUUCAACAAGAAUCGCAAACAUUUGAAUAGUUUUAUUUCACGUGGAUAAACAAGUGUGGCUAACUUUUAGUUUUUUUAAUAUACCUACUAUGUAUUUUACGUGGAUAACAAGUGUGGUUAGUUUUUAGUUUUUUUAUAUACCUGAGUACUAUAUAUUAUUCCAUAAGAAGGAAUAAUGAAUGUUUAAAAUCACACAUCCAGAACAAUGCAUCACCACACUUGGAGAAAUAUCCAGACAUUUUUUAGUACCAGAAAAUUAAUAAAGUUAUUAUCACUUCCAUUGCUACAUUUUUAUAGGUUAUGCCAAAGGAAAUUUCAAGUAUUUUUAAAAUUUUUCUUGAGAACCACGGCUUGUCAAGUCUAGGAGGAGUCUUCAGAAUUCCCACAACAACGAAAAAGAAUGGAAACUAGCACUUGCCCAAGUACAAUCUCACACUGCACUGCCGAUAUAUACACCUUAAUAUUAUUAUUAUUGCAACUGAGCGUCCUCAUCAAUGCUCAUGUUCUCACCAAAUCGCAUCUAGAGGGCGGGACCGUAUCGAAAUUCAGGAAGCUUUUCCUACAUAUGACAAGCUAUAUGUGAAUGUAGAAAACAGCCUUAGUGAGCAGAGAACAUGUAUGUGCUUUGUGAUAGUGAGUAGUGCAUCAUUCUUAUGAUUAAAAGUAUUGAUACACAGCUUGUAUCGGUAGUAGAUUCUUGGUAUAAAUAUAAAAUUUCUCACAAUAUUUAUACGUUCAUUAAUUGUUAUGUGAUUAAUAAUUCCUAUGUCACAUUUUGUAUAUCUAAUGAUAUAAAUGUGUGAAAUUAUUUGGAAUUAUGACCACUCGUGAGAUACAUUUCUGCACAUAUCAUCUGAGACUUGUAUUUUCAUAAAUCUGACCACCUGUAUAUUACAAAAUGAGACUCUUUUCAUAAUAUCAAAAUAUAUUUCGUUAAAUGUGUUCACCUUUUUUGAAUUCAGGGGUAGAUAUUGAUAUAGAUAAUUUUCCACUUGUUAUAAAGUAUUAUUUAAGAAUGAGUAUUCUACCUAAUAUAAUAUUUAAGAAAACUCUGUAUAUAAGUAUAUAGCUUUGUCAAGAAUAACCACCAUGCCCACGAUUAAAUGUUGUGAUGUUUGUAGUUAACUUUUGGAAGACAAUAUAUAUAUUGUUGGCAAAUGGAAACAAUGGUAGACAACGAUAUUGUCUUGUUUUUGAACUUCAUUUAGCACAUAUUGAACUUUAUAUAGGUACGAAUUCAGAACAAUUUUUAUUAUACUAGCCUUUGAAAAAUAUUGACAAUACCUACUCCCCCGAUUUUCAGAAAUGUCCAAAUUACCAAAUUUGGUGGUUUGAAUAAACGCCAACUCAAUGUUUAUUGUAGUGGUUAGUAUCAAUUGUUCUGAUGCUAAAAUCGACAUGAUUAAUAUAUCAAUUUUAUAUUUUGCUAGAAAUAAAUUUUGUUUUGAGUCUUCCAAUAUCGUUAUAUUGUUAAACUGCCCACUGUUUCGUCAGAAUAUCAUUGUUAUGCAUUAAAUAUUUAUAACUAAUAAAUGUAAGCAUAAUAAUGAAUGUGUUUUUACUUACUGUUGAGUGUGAAUUGACAAGUUUAUAAUUAAACCUUUCCGUGCCGAAUGCCUGUGUCGCAUUUUUUUAUCAAGAAUCAACACAUGUUGGUAUUUGUUGAAUCUUAUUUAAUCUUAGGAGUUACAAGAAAAACUGCUUUUUGAGAAAUUGGUAUUGGAUUGUGUAGACAUUGUGUAUGUGAAAUUGAAAUGACUCAAAGAUUGAGUACUUGAUAUACAGUGCGAGUUAGGUACAACAAGCUUGCAUUCAAAUAUAAAUGCUGAUAAAGAUAUUAUAUACAAUGUCAGUUUUUCGGCUGUUGUAUGACUGUUAGAAAUAGUCCUGUAGCGAUAGCUAACCUAAUAAGUUACCACUGAUGUUAUGAAAUGUCUUACUAUAAUAAUGUUUAACUAUGGAAAGUUUUUCACCCAAGAAAAGUUAAAAGUGACAUAACCGCUUAUAGCUGCCAACAUCAAGUCAUCAAAUGUUUUAAGAACUUGCAUUGUUAGUUGGUCAUACUUUUUCAUCAUAUAUGACGUCAAUGCAAAUUAAUCAUGAAAAUGCUCUCACGGAAUUCUAGAAUUCAAGUAAAUAUUCUAAGAUAAAUAGGUGGAAAUUCCAAUACUUUAUAUGAUUUCAUGCAACAUAUCUUUAUCAAAAGUCAAUGUUCCUUUCCAAAGAAGAAAUAAUUCUGAUUGCUAAAUACAAGCUUGUUGUGAUAUACAUACUGUUUGAUCGAGAGAAAAAUAUGCUGGAUGUCUGUAUUUUAGUCUAGUUUAUUAUCAAUGUCGCCAAUAACAAAUAAAGUUUUCGCCAGUGAA